CAAUAAAUAAGAAGAACUGGUCGCACUUCGGACCGUCUACCUCGCCGAGGACGACCCGCCCACCUGCAUGUCUGGCGGCGUAGGCUUCUCGAUGCCAGAGUACCCGCGCAAGCGCAAGGCGACCUCGGAUGAGCUCGGUUUCUCGGACGAUGGGACGCACGACAUGACCGCCAUGGACAGCGGCGGCAAUGGCAACGCCAAUGGCACACUCACUGCCCGCGCCGAGACGGGCUCGCUCAAGAUCAAGAUCCGAAGGACCGGCAAGUCGGCAGUCUCGACACCCUCCAACAGCGCGGCAACGACAGCGACAGCAGCCCCACCAGCGAUGAACAAUGGCUUGAACAACAACAUGUUUGGUGGGGCCAUGUUCGCGCCACCGCCAGCGAUGCCCUUCUUCCCGCCCAUGAUGGACCCGUCCAUGUCCAGUGGCUUCCUCAGCAUGCCGAUGAUGCCGAUGAUGCCGAUGAUGCCCAUGAUGAACCUCUCCACCAUGAGUCUGGGGUCGCAAACCAGCUCGACAGACAUGGCACCACCUGCGUCGCUUCCAUUCCCGACGUCGGCCGCACCUAGCAUCGACCUCGGACCACCCCCGCCGUCGGGCCCCGCGCUCACCGUCGAGCACUCGCUCAUGGGCGGCGGGAUUGAGCUGCAAAACGUCGUCAACGUCGACACGCAAAAUUUCGACUGGAACCGCAAGGCCGCCGCGAAUAAUAGCAGCGGCAGCAGCAGUGAUGAGACGGUCACGGGCCGGCCGCGGUCCGAGUCGCUCCCCAACUUGAACCUCCUCGACGGACUCUCCUUACAGCGCGAAUCAUCGUUCUUCAAAGAAAUAUAGAUGGCAGUGUGUAUGUGCACA